GGUUUCUACGUAUAUAUUCUGCGUCAAACGAUUUAACCGUACGCCACAGCCAGACGAGGAAAACAUCGCUUGAAGAAGUCGUUUUUACCUUAAAACCGAAGAAGCUCUUGGAGCCAUCUGAGGGCGUUUUUAAUUUAGGCUCUUUGGGCAACCAGAGUGUGAAGCCUAAAGAUGUCUCUGGCGGAUGAGCUCCUGGCAGAUUUGGAGGAGGCCGCAGAUGAGGGGGAUGAUGGCUUGUAUCCUCUGGAGGAGGAGGAGGAGGAAGGGGGGGAAAGUGAUGUAGAAGUAACACAGGGAAGGACAGAUGGAGGACUAGAAGACAUCCCAGAGGAGAUGGAGGUGGACUACAGCAAAGCUGAGAGUGUUGCGUCCAUCGCCAAGCUCCGCAAUGGCAAACAGUUUUCAGAGAUUAUGGACAAAAUUACAAUGUAUAGUGGAAAGCAGCGCAAGAACUCAGAGGUCUCAGGUCCAUUCGAGUCUGACCCAGAAUACAGACUGAUUGUCGUAGCCAAUAACCUCACAGUGGAGAUCGACAACGAGCUCAGUAUCAUUCACAAGUUUACUCGGGACAAGUACUCAAAGAGGUUCCCAGAGCUUGAGUCUUUGGUCCCGGAUUCUCUGGAUUACAUCCGCACAGUCAAAGAACUGGGGAACAAUCUGGAGAAAUGCAAGACCAAUGAAACUCUGCAGCAAAUCCUCACCAACGCCACUAUUAUGGUUGUCAGUGUCACAGCCUCGACAACACAGGGGACACUGCUGAGUGAGGAUGAACUGAAGCAACUGGAGGAGGCAUGUGACAUGGCUCUGGAGCUGAACCAGUCCAAACACAGGAUAUAUGAAUAUGUAGAGUCCAAGAUGUCAUUCAUUGCCCCAAAUCUGUCCAUCAUUGUUGGAGCGUCAACGGCUGCCAAGAUCAUGGGUAUCGCUGGUGGCCUCACUAACCUCUCCAAGAUGCCCGCCUGUAACCUGAUGCUGCUGGGAGCUCAGAGGAGAACGCUGUCUGGCUUCAGCAGCACCUCCCUGCUGCCCCACACCGGCUACAUCUACCACUGUGAUGUUGUGCAGUCACUACCACCCGACCUCAGGAGGAAGGCAGCUCGUCUGGUGUCUGCAAAAUGCACUCUGGCUGCCCGAGUGGACAGUUUCCAUGAGUGUGCAGUUGGCAAGGUUGGCUACGAUCUAAAAGAAGAAAUCGAGAGGAAGUUUGAUAAAUGGCAGGAGCCUCCGCCAGUGAAGCAGGUCAAGCCGCUGCCAGCCCCUCUGGAUGGACAGAGGAAGAAGAGAGGAGGACGGAGGUAUCGAAAGAUGAAGGAGCGUCUCGGACUGACUGAGAUCAGGAAACAUGCCAACAGAAUGACCUUCGCAGAGAUUGAAGAUGAUGCGUAUCAGGAGGACCUGGGUUUCAGUCUGGGUCAGCUGGGAAAGAGCGGGAGCGGACGUAUCAGGCAGGCUCAAGUCAAUGAGGCCACCAAAUCCAGAAUCUCCAAAUCCCUCCAGAGGACCUUGCAGAAGCAGAGCAUGACGUAUGGAGGAAAGUCCACAGUCAGAGACCGCUCCUCAGGAAUCAGCUCCAGUGUGGCGUUCACUCCUCUUCAGGGCUUGGAGAUAGUGAACCCACAGGCUGCAGAGAAGAAGGUGGCUGAAGCCAACCAGAAGUACUUCUCCAACAUGGCGGAGUUCCUCAAAGUCAAGAAAGAAGCUAAGCUGUGAACACCGACACACAUCCUCUCCCUGCACACGGACAGUUGCACUCAACACUGUAACGUGAUAGUAUAUUUUCAGUCUCGGUCAACAUUGUGCUUAGUCCUGUAUGUUUUUACUCUUUUGUUUUUUCCAUUUUAAUAAAACAUGAAGCUUUCACAAA